AUCUCAGUCCUACUAGAAAUACUGUGGGGCCGGCUGCGGUUUCUCGUGGAAUUUUUUGGUCUCAUUUUGAGCUUCUCGCUUGGAGAUAUUCAACUCAGAUUUGAGUGAUUAAGUUGUUCUCAACUGCCUCAUUGACUACACUUUCAUGUCAUCUAUUCUUGUGCUUUGAACGGAGGCUAAAACGAAAAUGUGGCAUUUAGGGCAUUUACUAACUUGAAUCUCAUACUAUAGUAGAUUUUCGAUUUGGUCCGAUACCGAUUAAAUACAACUAACGUCAUGGCUCGCGUGUUUGGUUUCCUGUUCGUCCUUGCUGUGGUUUUCAGUUCUUCGGAAGGAGUGGGAAAUUUAACCGAGCUCGAGUGGUGGGAAACAACGCUUCUCUAUCAAAUUUAUCCCCUAUCAUUUAGAGACUCAAAUGGAGAUGGCCACGGUGAUUUAAAUGGGAUUUAUGAGAAACUGGAUUACGUCAAAGAAAUAGGCGUGGAUGCUGUUUGGAUUCAACCAUUUUACAAAUCACCGAUGUUUGAUAUGGGCUACGAUAUUUCGGAUUAUAGAGAUGUUGAUCCCCUUUUCGGAACCAUCGAAGAUUUCAAGAGGUUACAGAAGGCAAUCAAAGCUAGAGGGAUGAAAUUGAUUGUAGACUUCGUGCCAAACCAUUCAAGUGACCAAAAUGAGUGGUUCAAACUUUCCGAACAACGCGUCGAGCCUUACACGGAUUAUUACAUUUGGAAGGACCCAAAGCACAUCAAUGAUACUCAUACAACAGUUCCAAACAACUGGAAAAGCUUUUUUGCUCCGACUGCUUGGUCAUGGAGUGAAAAAAGAAAACAGUACUACUUUCAUCAGUUCUCUCCGCAGCAACCGGACUUGAAUUACCGCAAUCCUAAAGUCAAAAAGGAAAUGGAGGAAGUUCUGCGGUAUUGGCUGGAUUUGGGGGUGGAUGGUUUCCGAAUGGACGCAGUAGUCUGUCUAUAUGAAGCCGAGCAUUUCAUGGAUGAGCCGCCGGGUCGUACUCGAGAGGCUCGCAUUUACACUUUGGAUCAGCCCGAAAACAUUCUGUUGAUUAAGGAGUGGAGGGCUAUUCUGGAUGAGUACGCUAAAAAAGAUGGGCAUUCCAGAUUACUGGCUGUUGAGACUUACAGUCCACCGCCCAGUCUUCUGGAUUGGUUCGGAAACGAGACACAUCCUGGAUCUCAAAUUCCGUUUUAUUACCAAUUAACGUUCUCUGAUAAAGAAUGGAAUACGACAGUCCUGGAUUUUCUCAUUCACUGGCAGGCAGAUAUCCUUCCGAGGAGCUCUUACAAUUGGGUGCUUGAUAACCACGACAACCAUAGAACGAGUUCACGACUUUUCGACGAGAGUGUGGACGUGUGGAACAUGAUCGUCCUGCUGCUGCCGGGACUUGCGAGUGUGUACUACGGGACCGAGCUCGGAAUGGAAGACCUGAAACUUCGCAUGGAUCAGGGCCAGGAUCAUUUCAACGGGGGUCUUGGGCGCGUUGAUCGAAGGGACGGCUACAGGGGACCCAUGCUCUGGGACGACACCGAAAACGCAGGUUUCACGGCAGGAAAGAAACCUUGGUUGCCUGUGCAUCCAAAUUUCUGGCGAACGAAUGUCAAUGCUCAAAAACGGGACCCGAACAGUCACCUGAAUACAUUCAAACGGAUCGCAGCUCUGCGGAGGACUCCUAUUAUGACACACGGUGACUUUCACACGCACAUUAUCAGAACUUGGGUCUACAUGUUUACGAGAUCACUGGAAGAUGAAACCAUCGUGGUACUGGUUAACAUUGGCACAGAAUGGGAGGAAAUUUGUACCAAACAUGUUGGAUGUGAAAUGCCGUCAAACAUGUUUGUGCACACUCGCAGUGGAAAUUCUGAUCUGAAUAUUGGGGACAAGGUUUUUUCAAACUCAAAAAGUAGCAGAUGUAUCCGCAUGAGGCCACACUCAGGGCUGGUACUGAGCACGAGCGAAGCAUUUUCAGUGCAUUCUUCAAUUUUUCUUCUCCUCUUAGCAAUUUCCGCCAAUUUUAUUGCGUAAAAUUAUUGAAAGACCUAUAAAGAUGAGAUCAAUAAAGUGUGAGUGCAUUGCCA